GAGAGACAGAGAUCAUGUGAAGCACGCUGCCAGCGCUCGCUCGGUAAUGCACUGUGAACAGGGACAAGCAAGAGAGCGAGUCACACACACACACACACACACACUCACACACAUAUACAGAUUCACAUACGUACAUGUCACACACCCUCACACCCGUACACCUUCACACUGUGCCGCUCCUCCACACAUAUCUCCUACACACUCCCUCACACGUGCGCUAGGCAGAGAGGUGCCUUGUCCGGGAGACACACACUUUUUACCCCCUCUCUGGCACACACACAUGGACACACACUUUGCAGCUGGACUCAACAGAACCAGAUCGGACUGCUGUCACCCACCGGUGGAGACUCUCGCAUGAGCAGCGGCACUACAGCAUCUACCGGUGCGGGUGAAUGCAAGGGGUGAUGCCAAGAGAGCUUGAGAGACAGUGAAGAAACCGUCCGUCCGGCAGCGUCCAUCCGCACCCCUGUCGUCCUCGUCCCAGCUUGCGGAGCUGAUACCUCAGGUCGGACAGUCUCUACUUCUUCUUCUACUUCUCUCGCUCUGACGCUGUUUCGGAUGGAGAAAUUUUACAGGUGAGGGACGGGAAGAAAAGGAGCGGUGUCACUCCUGCUAUUUUGGAGAGUUGACAUUCGGACGUUUGAAACGGCUCUUGCUUCUGAUCUGCAGGACUGAGCGGGUUAAGAGGACUAAAUGUGAUUUUUGUUUGGGUCUGGUUUCAUCAUGCGGAGAAUGGUUCUGUGGAUGAAUCCUCUCGGACGGGGCUGAGUUGAACUUCACCGGAGCUCCAGGAGGGGGGUAAGGGAACACUAGGACUGGGACAGAGGCACCGGGGCACAUUGCUGGGCUACAGUGCACUGGUUUUUGGGUGGAUAACAACAUGACUUGUCCCAACGGAGGGACAGUGACGUACGAAGGCUUCACCUGAACCUCCUUGCAAACAGAAAACAGCUAGAAGGACAUUUAAAGGCUCAUCAAUCCAAACCUCAACGACCAUCAGUUUUUCAGUUUUGGGUGGGCCUUUCAGGGAUCCACCAUUAUUCCCUCCACCUCUUCCUCUUUUUCUGCCUUUCUCCCCUCUGCUUCGGCCCAUCCUCAGAAGCCCCCUCCUCCACUCUGCCCCCCUCCCUCAGUGGUGCUCCGUCGCCCUGGGUGAGCGGGCAGGGGGGUGGCCCACGGUACCCCCCGACACCUGGGCGCCACCGAGCCGCCAGAGGCUGGUGAGGCGGCGGCAGGGUCAGCGCUGGGAAGAUGGCCGCUCUCGCCAGCUCCCUCAUUCGCCAGCGCAGGGAGGUCAAGGACCCCCAGGCAAACCGGCAGAUCGCCAGCAAACGCAAGCCCUGCCCAAAGAGCAACAAGUCGCUCUGCCAAAAGCAAAUCCUCAUAUUAAUAUCGAAGGUUCGACUAUGUGGCAGUCGAGGGAGAAAAAUGGAAAAAAGACCAGAGCCCCAGCUGAAGGGCAUUGUCACGCGGCUUUACUGCAGACACGGCUUCUAUCUCCAGAUGCUGCCGGAUGGCACCAUGGAAGGCACAAAGGACGAAAGCAGCUCCUUCUUGCAGUUCAACUUGAUUCCUGUGGGGCUCAGGAUAGUGGCCAUCCAGAGUACCAAGACAGGGCUCUACGUUGCCAUGAACAGCGAGGGCUACCUCUACACUUCGGAACACUUCACGCCCGAGUGUAAGUUUAAGGAGUGUGUGUUUGAGAACUACUACGUCACCUACUCGUCCAUCCUGUACAGACAGACCCAGUCAGGACGGGCGUGGUAUAUCGGCAUCAACCGAGACGGACAGGUCAUGAAAGGGAACCGUGUCAAGAAGACAAAGGGAGCUGCGCACUUCCUGCCCAAACUCAUUGAAGUGGCCAUGUACCGGGAGCCCUCUCUACACGAUGUUGCUGAGCAGAGUCCGCCCAGGAAAACGCCUAAGACCUCCAGUGACUCGCCCGUGCUCCAGAAUGGCAAGAAGGACCCUCAAUCCAAAACCAAAACCUCCACCUCCUAGCGCUCAGAGACACAGGUGGGAGAGGAGGGGUGGAGGACACGGGGCACUGGGCACCAGCGGAACACCUGAACAGGGUAGUUAGGGCUACCCCCCGCCUGCAACACUGACCCCACCAGAACUUUGCGUACCACAAUGCACUGGUGUUAAGUUGAAGAAAAAGGUCUGGGCAGAGUGGAGCUGGCCAAUGGGAAGCCCCUUUUACCCUUCACAGACCCCCAUCCACACCAGCCCUCCACCUUCUUAUUAGAUAACCUCUGUGAUUAUCAAAGCCUGGGAUAUAAAAGCAAUAACUCCAUGACGAGGUGAACAGUCACCUAGCAUCGUAUAGCAUGUCACCACAGCGUGUUUAACCUGCUGGAAGGAAUUCCCACACACACUCUCUAGCCAUCAACAGUGACAUCCUUCCAGUCAACCAAAUAUUCAAGCAAAGUCUUCCUGGUUUUACCACAAAGGGUGCAACGGUCAAAUGGGUCCCUCUGCAGCACAUACUUUACAAAUGGGUUGUGUUCUCAUUUCCCCACAGGGUUCCAUGCUAAUGUUAGCCUGACACAGAGCCAUGCUAAUGUGAGGCUGUCACAGAGACCCUUGCAGACUUUUGUUCUGCAGCCAUCUGCUCGGUCCACAUCUUCUGCGUGUGUCAGCGACUUUGUGAGAUGGCCUGGAUACUUGUCAGCCCUGUUUGUGUGUAUGUGUGUGAGAGAGUGUGUGUGUGUUCCCUUCUUCCAUUCACCUUUGGUGCGAUUUGAUUAGUUUGUGACAUGGACUCAAUUUUCCACUCGGCGGCACAAGAAAACCCCUCCCGUCCUCUCCGGCUCUGUUAAUGGAAUCUGGGGCUGAUCAGAAUCUUUCGACCCUUAAACGAGGGGCCAAGAGCUCUCUCGACACACCGCAUAACCACGCACACACUCAUUAUUACACUGACAUUUACACACGAGCAGAGGUGUGUGCACACACUUUAGCACCCUGAUAUCCAUGAGCGACGACCGCGGAAAAUGAUCUCACGACUUAACACACUUAACACAAUGACAUGCAUUAACACACACUCACAAAUGCACACACACAUACUGAUGUGGUGGUGGUGAGUGUGUGUGCGGGUUCUGGGAGAUGAUGAGGAUAUCAUCAGUGAGAUGGGGUACUGAUGGAGCCUGACUGUGUAUCUUGUGAUUGCACUGCAAUAGCUUUUUUCACUGUGGCUGGCCAUGCAUUGCACAAACCCCCAAGGCCCACACUAUCUAUGGACCCUCUAUCACACUAUGUGGCAUUCUUGUCUCAAAACACAGUAAAAAAAAAAAAAAAAAAGUGUUUUUAUUUAAUCAUUGCAUCCAAAUUUGUACACCAAUUUAUGACGAAUGAAGAAAAUACUUUUGUGCACCCCAUGCCAGAAAUAUUCUGUGUACUGUAUGUACAGCUGUUUUUUCAGGUGGCACUUCACCCAUUUUAGUCACCCAAAGUCACUGGGAGUAGUGCCGAGCCUGUAAAAAUAGUUGCAUAGUGUCUUCUGUGGCUGUGGGGGAGCUUUGUCAUGUCUGAGAAAAUGACUCCAGUGACAUCAUUUGAGCAAUCUUUGGUUUGGAUUGGAGACAAUACCACAAAGGCCUAAAACUGAGAGCCAAACCUUGGCUGUACUGGCACCUUUAAGACACAAGCUGACUUAAAGCCACCAGUUGGUCACCCAAAGCUAUAUUGUUGCUCAGUUUAAUUCAUUACAGACCAGUGAUGCACAUGUCGACCCACAAACCACAGGUUGGGCGGUUCGGCGGUUAAGUUUUUUAAAAAAUAUAGAGGGUUUCGGUGGGGUGGGUCAUUCAGUUACGAAGCAGCAUUCUGAGUAAGUUAUUAAUAACUUACAGAACUGUUGUGCAACAGUUCACCUUCCACCUUCUCUUCCCCUCUCUAUGUCUCUCUCACACAGCAAGCAACUUUGUCAUUGGUGCUGCUGUGCUCAAGCUUUCCGUUAUUCAGGUUUUGACCAGGAAAAUCCAUUUAAGUCCAACAUUUUGAAAUCUCUUCGGUCAUAGUGUCCGGUAAAAGCGUUUCCCUUGUGACAAUAAGUAGGCUAAACACUGUUUCCUAAUAGCAAUCAAGCAUCUCUCUGUCCGCACUGAAUCCAUUAAAUAUGCACUUCUGUAACACAAUGGAAACAAACCACACAGGAUAUUAGCUGUAGGCUCAAGAUAGUACUUAAGACGUAACCGCUUUAAAGAAGGGUGCUUGCUGUCUUCCUAUGUUUUCCCUUUUUAAACAGAGAACAAGAUUUAUAUUGACAAAUUUGUUGAAAAUGACAAUAUAGCCAACAGCAAGCAGUUAUAAGCGGAAAAUUUUUCUGCGAAAAAUGUCUGCAGCCAUUCGGGCUUCCAUAGUCGAGCGCACUUCCGCGUUGUAGUUUCCUGUAAAAAUGUCCGUGAAAAAUCCCUGCGAUGUGAAAAAUACAUGCCGAGCAGUCUUUUGUAUGAGAUUUUGGUGUAUUAUGCUAGCAGCUAACAUAGCAUUGAGUUGCUGGUAUCAAGCAGGAAUAAGGAGGCUACAGAAGUCUGGUAACCUCACUUC